GUCGGGACCCACCGCCCCAGAGAUCACCAAGCCGUCCAUACAAUCCGCCCCGUCUUAUGGGAAGCGGCGACGAGUCCAAGCCGUCUAUCCUAUACGACCCCUCCUCCGCCUCCCAGCCCCUCCUCUCCGCCGCCGCCGACGAGAGUUACCCCCCGAUCAAUUACCAGCACGGCCCCCGCCCCCUCCGCGACCUCCCCGCUCUCGUCCUCUUCCUCCUCCUCUCCCUCUCUACCAUCGCCCUCGGCCUCGUCGCCGUCGCCCGCCGCAACCCCGCCGCCUCCCGCGCCUCCUCAUUCGUCUUCGACCCGGCCACCUCCUCCUGCGUCCUGUCUUCCUCCAACUCCCUCUCCUUCUCCUCCUCCUCUUCUUCCCCUUUCUUGAAGGAUCUCAGCUGGACUCUCGUCGUCACCCUCCUCCUCGCCGGCCCUAUCGCCCUCGCCGUCCUCUGGCUCCUCCGACAUUACGCCAAACAGUUGGUGUACGCAGCCCUUCCCUUCUUCAUCCUCAUCCCGGCUUUUGUCAAUGUCUACUGGUUCGCCGCCUGCGCCCUCAGCCACGGCUGCCGCCACUCCUUUCCCCUUGCCUACCGCAUCCUCGCCCUUAUCUUCAUCUUCCUCCUCAUUGCCAUCAUCCUCUGGAUCAUCGUCGCCAACUGGCACCGCGUCGAGCUGACCGUCCGGAUCGUCCGGAUCGCCGCCGCCGCCCUCGCCGGCAACAUGAGCCUGCUCGCCGUGCUUCCCGCGCUGGGGCUCGGCCUCCUGGUCUACUUUGCCCCAGUCGUGGUGUUCUUGGUGUUUUCCACGUGGAACGGGAAGGUGGUGCCCAAGGUGAAGGAGGGAGCCAGUGGGGGGGAGUAUUAUUUGUGCGUGUGGAGGCAGGAUGGGUGGGUUCCGGCUUACUUUGCACUGGCGAUCAUCACGAUGGUGUGGUCAGUAGCUGUAAUGGUGGAGGCACAGGUGUAUGUCAUUAGUGGGACGAUCGCACAGUGGUAUUUCUCGAAGGAGGGGUCCAAGCCUAGCCGGAGCAUAAGGAGCUCUUUAAGGAAUGCUUUUGGUCCCUCCUUUGGUACAGUAUGUUUUUCUGGAAUGGUAAUGGGUGCUAUCCGUGUUGUCCGUGCUGUUGUAGAUAGUGCAAAGCAAGAAGAUGUAGCUCCAGGAUUUGUGAAUCUAGUGCUCAAGUGCUGUGCUAAUUUCUUGCUGUCAGCAUUUGACUUUGUUAACAAGUUUACCAUAAAUUUUGCUGCAAUAAUGGGUGAAGGUUACUGUUCUUCUUCUAAGAUGACAUAUGAGCUUCUAAAACGAAAUCUUCUUUCUGCUGUUUUUGUUGAGACAGUCUCCACACGCAUACUGGCUGGAAUUAUUUUUGUUCUCUCAGCAUUGUAUGCUAUAGCGGUUUAUGCGAUUUUGAAAGCUGUUAGUGCUCUCGGGGUUGAAACGUAUCUUGUUGCAGCCCUUGCAUGGUUGCUGCUCAUGGUGGUGUUGUGUUACUUUGUUCAUGUGUUGGAUAACGUUAUUGAUACCAUUUAUGUGUGCUAUGCCAUAGACAGGGAUAAAGGGGAAGCGUGUAAGCAGGAGGUCCAUGAGGUUUAUGUACUUCUCCCUGUCAGUAGAAAUCGUAGAGCCUUCCUUAACGACAGAACUCCAUUUGUUGCAUAAUGAUCUGCUUCUCACCCUUCUGUAUAAUCCUGAGAAUGUCAUUUCAUGGAGAUGACAUGAGCAAUAAGCGCUCUGCUGCCACCAGGAAGGUUAACUAAUUGCAUGCACAUCUUUUGCCUCCAAAUCAUCAGCGCUUGCAUGAUACCUAAAUUGAUUGUUCCUCAGCUGUACAAGUAAUGUAAUCAUAUUUCUUCUGAUAAUAUGACAUCUUUUGAUGGUGAAGUUGCUUCUUGUAUGCUUUAUUUGCUCCAGUUCUGGUUGCAUCUGGAUUGUU